AUGGGUGACGAAAAUUUAAAUUCUCAAAUAAAAUAUGAAGUAAAUAAAUACAAUGUAAUAAUUAUAGGUGCUGGAAUAGCUGGGCUAGCCGCAGCCAAUCACUUUAUCAAAAAUGGCAUGGAUGACUUUAUAAUUUUAGAAGCUAGAAAUCGUAUCGGUGGAAGAAUCAUAUCUAUUCCAUUAAAAAAUCACAACGUGGAACUAGGAGCAAAUUACAUUCACGGUGUUCUAGGAAAUCCAAUUUAUGAACUAGCAACUACAAAUGGUCUUGUGAACAUAAUAAAUAUACCCAAACCACACAAGGUUAUUGCGGCUACUGAAGAUGGAAAGCAAGUUCCUUUCGGUGUAUUACAUGAAAUUCACGAAGCUUACGUUUGCUUCCUGAGGCGUUGCGAGGAGUAUUUUUUAUGUCAGUAUCUCCCACCUCCUGAUAUACACAGUGUGGGUGAGCACAUUAAUUUGGAAGCUACUAUUUAUUUAGAACGUCUCCCGUCUUCAGAAGAAAAAAAGUUGAGAAGAUUAAUUUUUGAUUGCUUAUUGAAACGUGAAACUUGUAUAUCUGGAUGUAAUUCGAUGGACGAUAUUGAUCUCUUAGAAUUAGGCAGCUACACGGAAUUACAAGGUGGCAAUAUUGUAAUACCUUCAGGGUUUAGUUCUAUAUUGGGACCUAUGACUAAGAAUAUAACACCUGACAGAAUAUUGUCUAAUCACCCAGUCAUAAAAAUUAAAUGGGAUUCAGAAGAACAUAGUAAUUUAAGGUAUUUUGAAGAUGUUGGGGAGGAAUCUGAAGACUCUGAUCAAACUGUGAUAGAAGAUUUUUCUAAAGCUACUUCUGAAAAGGCCGGUGAUUCCAGUGAGGGGUUUGGUAAAACUCCUGAAAAAAUUAGCAAAAAGUUGUCCUAUUGUGUGGAAGUAGUAUGUGAAAAUGGACAAAGCUUUUAUGCUAAUCAUGUGGUAUGUACUGUACCAUUGGGAGUGCUUAAAGAAACAGCAGCAUCAUUAUUUGAACCUGCAUUACCACAGUAUAAAUUAGAAUCAAUAGAACGGUUAUUAUUCGGUGCUGUCAAUAAAAUAUAUUUAGAAUACGAAAGGCCUUUUCUAAACCCAGAUGUAACUGAAAUGAUGCUACUUUGGGACACUACACAAAUUACUGAAGACAUUUCACAAAUGUGGUACAAAAAGAUUUACUCUUUUGUGAAAGUAACGGAAACUUUGUUAUUGGGCUGGCUUUCUGGCAAAGAGGCCGAAUAUAUGGAAACAUUGUCAACAGAAGAAGUUUCAAGUACUUGUACAAAGAUCUUACGAAAAUUUCUAAAUGAUCCUUUUGUGCCUGAACCUCAAUCUUGUGUAUGCACAAGUUGGAAAAAGCAGCCCUAUACCAGAGGCUCUUAUACAGCUAUCGCUGUAGGGGCUAGUCAGAGUGAUAUUGAGAGUUUAGGACAACCACUGUUCCGAAAUGUUCAUGACAAAAAGCCUGUGUUACUCUUUGCUGGAGAGCAUACACACAGCAGUUUCUACUCAACAGUUCAUGGUGCCUUUCUGUCUGGUCAGGCAGCUGCACGACGGUUACUUACUCCAGAUGUAACCUCUGAGAAUGUUAUAGAUUGUCCUGCAUCUAGUGAUUUAAAUACUUGGAUACAAGGCAUUCAGCUAGAUAAUUAACAAAUUUUAAAAUUUUCAUCUAAUGCAUACAUGACACAGGCACUAUGUCAAAAAGAAAAGACAUGGACUUGUAUUAUAUCAGAAUGUUACAUGAAAACUAUUUCAAGGCUAAUUAUAUUCCGAUGAUGCUUUUAAAUCAUAGACUGUAACUGUUGUAUACAAUAAGUUUAAGUAGAAAUUAUAGACUACUUGUUUCCAUAUUGAUAUCCAUACUAUUUGUUUUCUUAUAUCUUUUAUACAUGACAUCAUUAAGCAUCAUGCUUCAAACUUUAUAAUUGAAAGCUAAUAAUUAAUUUCUUACGUUAAAUAUUUAAUUAAAUUUAUAAUAAGUUUCAGGUAUUAGGUUUCUUACAGCAUAAUUAUAUUAAUUAGGUAAACUUAUUUUUAUUUGUAUAAAUAAGAUUAUGAAACGACUACAUUAUUAUUGGAUACUACGACCUUGAAAAUAAAAAAAAAUUAAAAUCGAACACCUAGCUCAACUAGGAAAAUCCUACUAGUUUUUAUAUCAUUAUUGCAAAUUAAAUAAUAAUAAAAUGUUUUUUUAUCUAUUGGUACUAGAUAUCAUCAUCGAAACUCAUGAUAUGGACUCAUAUUUGAUAAGUGUUCUUAUCUAAUUUUGGUUGUGAUAAAUCGAUUGGAUUAUUAUAUUAUAAUCAUGAAAAA